UUGUUGUGAUAGCGGCGUUGGGCUCAUGUGUAGAAAUUCUUGCUUGAUAUUUGUGAUUUGUGUUAAUUAUUUCAUAAAUUUGAAAGAAAGAAGUGAACUUUCAAUUGUCUGGCGCGACAACAUACUUACAAAACUAAACAUAGAAAGCCAUAAUGUCACAGCUGUUCCGUCAAGUAGCUUUACUAUCCUGUCGCACACCUAUCACACUAUCACAACGUUUUCGUGGUAAAAUCAAUAUACAACGACCACGUGCACCACACUAUGAGCGCGCCAAGGUGAUUGCCGUCGCACAAUCUCUGCCAACGCUGGAGGAACCUAAAAAGCAAAUCACUUGUUUUCAACGCCGCCAACGGGAAGCUGAUGUAGAGAAUCCAUAUGUUGCGGUCAUUGCGCGAGAAGUACGUAAUUGGCUGGAACAUUCACGUCUGAUUGGCUUCUAUCACCUCAACUCGAUUAAACAAGAUGAUCUCUUUGAAGUGCGAGUAAAAUUGCACAAACAAAAUAUGCAUCUUAAGUCCUAUGGUAAACAAAUUGUACACAAAGCCGUUGAGGGCACGCGAUUCGAAGCCAUCCUACCACUAUUUGAAAGCAAAAACUGUAUAGUAUUUUCGACAGAGCAGCGUGUUGGACAGCUCCUACGAAUAACACGCCGUGUGCCACAGAUGAUAUUGCUGGCGGGAAUAGUUGAUGAGCGUCUACUUAGUCGAAAUGAGUUUAUGGCCUAUGCACAAUUGCCAGGUCUGCAAGCAGCUCAAGGAGAACUUGUACAAAUUCUCAACAUGGCAGCUAGCAAUGUAGUGCGGCAACUAGAAACACAUCAGAAAAAUUUUGUAAAUGUGCUUGAUGUGUACGCCAAGGGUGAACCGGAAACAACCAAACCGGCUAAGGAAGCGAAUGAAAUAGAGAAAGCGUGAAAUUAAGUUACAUUUUUAGUGCGUAAAGUGAAGUUUUAAUUGAAAUCAGAAAAAAAACGAAUAUGGAUUUUGCUAAAAUAUGAAAUGGUUUAAACUAAUCUGAACGGAAUAUAUUGUACAAACCAGGGAAAAUGAUGAAUAACAGAGGAAUUCUUUUGCAAGUGCGAGAAUAUACCAGACAUCCUGCUAGAAAUGUUAAAACAGCUAACAAAACUUGCAUGGAGCCAUAGCAAUAGGUAAUAGGAUUUUCAUUUCAUUUCAUUUCAUAGAAAAUUCUCUAUCCUUAUUUGGUUUAUUUUAUUUUAUAUAUUUUCUUGAAUGUAUUGCCUAUUCUAGCUUUUUAUUAUAUUUUAAUAUUUGUUAAAGUUUAAGUUAUUCUCUUCAACUGUAAAGACACCCAGAACGAAACUGUGACUGGCCUUUAACAUUUGUAUGAAGGAAUCAUUAGGUUUCGUGCGUUCAAUGCUGAUUGUUUUAAUUAUAUAUCAUUUAUAGUUUUGUUUUAUCUGCUAAUUUUACUUUGAUAACAUUUUAAUUUAUGCUGAAAUUCUAUUU